AUGAAUGCUACGUGGGAAGCCUUGGGACUGAGCGAGGUCGUGUCUGUACAAAAUUUGGCUUUUGGUCUUCUAAUUUGUCUAGCCUUGUUCCUCGUAGAUCUGGCUGUUUAUCGCCUGCAUCGUUCGCCUAUUGCAGAAUUCCCGGGGCCUAAACUCGCGGCGUUAUCGAGAUGGUACGAGUUCUACUAUGACGUCGUGCUCCGAGGUCAAUUUAGCAAUCAUAUAGCCGAGCUUCACAGAAUCUAUGGACCUAUCAUUCGAAUCACACCGGAAGAGCUCCACAUCAACGACCCUCAGUUUUUCGAUACUCUAUUUAACAAAAACCAGAGAUCCGUAAAGAGUCCCUGGUUCAACGGUAGAUUCAAUAACCAUCACUCUGUUUUCAGUACCUGCGAUGCUGAUCGCCACAAAAUUCGACGGGAUAUGCUAAAUCCAUUCUUCUCGAAGCGUGUAGUAGGACAACAGGAGGCUAUCGUCCAAGAAAAGAUUCUAUAUGCCUGUAACAGGAUAUCAAAAUCCAUUGAGAAGGACAAAUCCGUCGAUUUUUCUCACAUGUGGGAUGCGUUCUCCUCAGAUGUCAUCAUGGAAUAUAGUUUUGGCUUCAGUUACAACAAUCUGAAGUCAAAAGACUUUGAAGGCACUUUUCACGACACCUUUUUAGCCCUUAGCGAGUUUGGAGCCCUUGUAUGUCAGUUUCCGAUACUAGGAACAGCUAUGGAGGCAUUGCCUGAGAGGAUUGUCCGAUUUAUUAAUCCAAAAAUAGACAGAGUCUUGACUCUAUGUCGAGAUCUGUCUAAGGAGAUCGACCACGCCAAAGUAAGACUGAGCCAAGGGAAAGUGCCUGAUCGAGAGACAGUGUUUUACGGGAUGCUUAGACAAGAUGUUCCACCAGAGGAACUAAGUUCCAAACGGAUGAGAGACGAGGCGCAAACUAUAGUUGGCGCGGGUCUGACAACGACAGCCUGGUCGUUAACUACAGCCUGCUACUAUAUCAUUGAAAACCCAGGCAUUCAGGAAAAGCUACAUCAGGAGUUAAUCGAAGCGAUCCCAGACAUCUUUGCGGCCGAUGCCUUCGAUUAUUCAAAGCUGGAAAAGCUCUCAUAUCUGCGUGGAUGUGUCAAGGAGGGAAUUCGCUUGGGAAUCGGAGUCUCGGGAAGGAUGCAUCGCGUGACGAGCGCUCCGUUACCGUAUCGCGGGGUAGUUAUUCCGUCUGGCACGAUUGUUUCCAUGAAUCAUCAAGAUAUCUUGAUGAAUCCUGCAAUUUUCCCAUGUCCCACCGAGAUGGUACCGGAUCGAUGGCUUGGGCAUCCAAGAGCCUUUGACGGAAACUCGCUGGAACGGUACUUUGUUCCAUUUGGAAAGGGAGACAGACAGUGCUUGGGCAUAAAUCUUGCACAAAUGGAGAUAUUCAUAGGCCUGGCACACGUGUUCAGAAAAUUCCGGCUGGAAUUGGACAGCACCGAGCGCUCGGAUGUUGUCAUGGCUCAUGACUUCUUUUUGCCUUCACCGAAACUUGACGCUAAAGGGGUUCGAAUCAAGGUUAUGGAAACAUGUAAAUGA